GAUGAGUGUAGGUGAUCAGCCGUUCUAUAGCCAAGGCUCAGUGGAGGAUUAUCAUCUGUCACUGCAGGAGGAUGACCCGUCCUUUCUACCGGGAAUGUGCCCUGAUGCCAUCAAUAUCAUAUCAGGGCUCCUCUGCAAAUCUCCAUGUGGCCGACUGGCAAUAACAUCGUCCAUCAGAUGCCACCCGUUCUUCCACUCAGUAAACUGGGAGGAUGUGGAGUCCGGCAGAGCCCACCCGCCAUUCCAAUGGGACUUUGAGUAAUUGGCUGAUAUAACCAGCCCCAUUCCAGUAACAUCCAGGAAUGAACCUCACUUCACCGGAUAUGACAAACUCACCAAGCUUCCACUACUCUGGACAUGGAGAUCUGUCCAUUAACAUCAAGUGGAUGAUACAACUCAACCGGACUAUGACAAACCCACCGAGUGUCCACCACUUAACAUCCAUGUAGA